AUGGCAUGUAACAAGGAUCCAAAAAUGAAAGGUCACAUGAUCGAGGAAGAAGGAGAAACGAUGAAGGAGGCUUACGAGAGGGGCAGGUUUGAGACCAUGCAGCGUUAUAGGGUUAUGCUGUUGAUGUAUCGUGACCAGAGUAAAGUUAUUGAGGCAAGACACCAUGAGGAACUUAAUAAGGUUCGCAUUGAGGCAAAACUUGAGUUCCUUGAAAAAUGUGAAGGUCUUUUUUACAUGUACCAUGAGAAGAAGAAGAAAGAGUUCGAGCUGGUUGUUGCCGCAGCCAAGCAUCAAGAUGUUCAGGUUUCUACUAUCGAUUGGUUCAAGUUGGGUGAGCCAAUGAUGUAUGAUUAA